CAAGGGCCUAAAGGCGCACAGGGAGCCAAAGGGGUCAAAGGAGAAGAGGGACCCGCAGGACAACAGGGUAUCCAAGGAGAGCCAGAGAAGAGGGGAAACUGUGGAUUUCCAGGCGCUCGAGGACCCAGUGGACAAAAGAUGUUCUACACUGGAGCUGGAAUGAACCCUGUCAGAUCCUUCGCUCCUGCUACGUUCAAGAGGAACUCCAUGAACCACUGGCCAGCUGUGCGUGCAUCCGUCUCUGCGUCCGUGCCUACGUCUGGCCGGCAGUGCGUCCGUCCGUGCGUCAGUCGGUCAGUGCGUCCGUCCUUGCUUCCGUCUGUGCUUCCGUCUCUGCCCACGUCCGUGCCCACGUCCGGCCGGCUGUGUGUCCGUCCGUGCGCGAGUCAGUCCGUCUGUGCGUCCGUGCCAACGUUUGGCCGGACGUGCUUCCGUCUGUGCUUCCGUCCGUGCCUACGUCUGGCCGACUGUGCGUCCGUCUGUGCCCACGUCCGUGCCACCGUCCGGCCGGCUGUGCAUCCGUCCGUGCGUGCAUCAGUCCGUUUCUGCAUCCGUGCCUACAUCUGGCCGGCCGUGCAGCCGUCUGUGCGUGCGUCAGUCCGUCUGUGCAUCCGUGCCAACGUUUGGCCGGACGUGCUUCCGUCUGUGCCCACGUCCGUGCCUACGUCUGGCCGGCCGUGCGUCCGUCUGUGCCCACGUCCGUGCCUCCGUCCGGCCGGCUGUGCGUCCGUCCGUCCGUGCGUCAGUCCGUCUGCGUCCGUGCCUACGUCUGGCCAGACGUCCGUCCGUCUGUGCCCACUUCUGUGCUUCCAUCUGUCCGUGCCUCCGUCCGGCUGGCUGUCCGUCCGUGUGUGCGUGCCCACGUCUGUGUGUGCAUGCGUGCGUCUAUCUGUCCAUUCGUCCGUCCGUCUGUGCAUCCGUCAGUGCCUACGUCCGGCCGGGCCCAUGUCUGUGCAUCCCUGCGUAUGUCAGUCUGUUUGCCCGCAAAAACAAAAAAAACAGUAGGGGGUCUACCAAAAAAAUUGAGUGAUUUUUGUGUUUCUGUGUGUGUGUUUGUGUUUGUGUGCGUCAAAGCAUUAAAUAGUCUUCCUCCCUGUUACAUCUCUGAUAUGCUCUCUUUUUAUGCCCGUGCCCGAGCUCUCAGAUCCGCUGAUGCCACACUGCUAUGGAGUCCUACCCUUCCACCAAAGAAAAUUGGCGAAGCCGCCUUCGAUAUGUACGCGCCCAAGAGAUAGAACUCCCUGCCUCUUCACAUCAGAGACACUACCUCCAUCGACUCGCACAACUCUUCACCCUCGCCUAUUCUUAGCUGCUCAGGCUCCACAUGUCGUGUCCUGAUGUGCAAAAUCUCUAGUCAUCUCUCUUCCUUUUAAUCUGUGUGUGAUUACAAAGGCACUGAUUGUUUUUUGUAUUUUUUUUCUCCUGUCUUUAUCCUUUUAUUGUCUAUUGUACGUUACAUUUUGCUUUUGUGAAAAGAUGGAAAAAUUAAGAUAAUGAAAAGAUAUAGAAGAAAAAGGAAGAAAAUAUAGGUCCCCCAUAAGGGGUGGUUGGGUUUAUAUUAAAA